AUGGCGUUAUGGGUCUCUUCGGUUGCGGAGAAGAUGUGGAGCGGCGAUCUUGUUUCUUUGUUUGUUUUACUAGCUAACCACGUACAUUACGUACCAAUUUACCAAAAUGUCCAAAUUCGACCCGUACACCCCCCGCCCCGCCCCCCCACGACGCCCACCAACACGGACCCCACCCCGGGAGACCCGGUCGUUUCCAAGGACGUCACGCUCAACCCGGAAACCCGAACUUGGGCCCGAAUCUUCCGACCCACCAAACUCCCGUCAAACGACAACACCGUGGCUCGGCUACCCAUCAUCAUCUACUUCCACCACGGCGGCUGGAUCCUCCUCUCCGCUGCCGACGCCGCCGCCCACACCAACUGCUCUCAGAUCACCUCCGAGGUUCCCGCCAUCAUCGUCUCCGUCAACUACCGCCUCGCGCCCGAGAGCCGGCUCCCGGCCCAGCACCACGACGCCCUCGACGCGAUCCAUUGGGUCCGGGCCCAGGCCCAGGACCCCAAGGGCGAGAACUGGAUCCGAGACUACGCCGACGUGUCCAGGUGCUACUUGUACGGCUGCGGGUGCGGGGGCAAUAUCGUCUUUUUCUCCGGGUUGAAAGCGUACCAGCUCCAGCUCGAGCCCCUGAAGAUCUCCGGGAUUAUUAUGAACCAGCCCAUGUUCGGUGGGGUGCAGAGGACUAAUUCAGAGCUGCGAUUCGCUACGGACCAGUUGCUUCCGUUGCCUGUGCUGGAUCUCAUGUGGGACCUGGCUUUGCCGAAGGCGACGGACAGGAACCAUCGGUAUUGUAAUCCGAUGGCGGACGAAGUGCACAAAGAUUUGAUCAAACGGCUGGGACGGUGUUUGGUGAUUGGGUUUAGUGGGGACCCCAUGAUCGAUCGGCAGCAGGACUUUGUGACGAUGCUGGUGGCUUGUGGGGUCAGGGUUGAUGCGCGGUUUGAUGAUCUUGGGUUCCAUAACGUUGACUUUGUUGACUCCAGGCGGGCCGCUGCCGUUUUGAACAUUGUUAAGGAGUUUAUCAUCUAAUUUUUAGGUGAUUAUUUGUGAAUGAGAAUGUAGGCCGUUUGAUAAUCAUUUUAUUUUUUGUAUUAGAGUAGAGUAUAGAGACAAAAGAGAAUGAAAAUAAGAAUGAGAGUGAAGACAAGAUUAAGAGGGAAGAUGAGAAAUGAGGAUAGGAAAGGAGUUACAAAAAUGAAAACUGAAACUAAAAACUAAAAUCUAUUUGAAAUUGUUAUCACUUUCAAGUUUUUGUUUU